GCAUAUAAAUUUGAAUGCAAUUGCCUAUUCCCUUUGAUCACACAACAAUAUUUAGUGUUUUGAAUUUUUAUCUCUUUUCCAAUGUCAACAAGCGCUGAUACUACUGCAAUUGAGGCUGUUGUAGUGAUAGUGAUAGUUGUUGUUAAGGUAGCUAUUGUGAUUUGUGUGUGUAGAAAAAGACAUCAAGUAAGUGGUGGAUCCGUUAGUCCAGAUUCACAAUUUAUAACUCUCACUAUGGAUAAAUUUCUAAAUGACAUGGAAAGGGAGAAGCCAAUAAGAUUCACUGGCCAACAGCUAAGAAUUGCAACAGACAACUAUUCCAACUUGUUGGGAUCAGGUGGAUUUGGAACUGUUUACAAAGGAAUUUUCAGUAACGGAACUAUGGUAGCUGUGAAGGUUCUACGCGGUAGUUCUAACAAGAAAAUCGACGAACAGUUCAUGGCAGAAGUUGGAACAAUAGGUAGAAUUCAUCACUUCAAUCUCGUUAGGCUAUAUGGAUUUUGCUUUGAACGAAACUUGAUCGCGCUUGUUUACGAGUACAUGGGAAAUGGAUCACUUGACAGGUAUUUGUUUCACGAAAAAAAGGCGUUAGAAUACGAAAAACUUCAUGAGAUUGCAAUCGGUACGGCAAGAGGAAUUGCUUACUUGCAUGAAGAGUGUCAACAUAGAAUAAUCCACUACGAUAUAAAACCAGGAAAUAUUCUCUUGGAUAAGAACUUCUAUCCAAAAGUUGCUGAUUUUGGUUUGGCGAAACUUUGCAACAGGGAAAAUACUCAUAUAACGAUGACCGGAGGAAGAGGGACGCCUGGAUACGCUGCACCUGAGCUUUGGAUGCCGUUUCCUAUAACUCAUAAAUGUGAUGUUUAUAGUUUUGGUAUGUUAUUGUUUGAGAUUAUAGGUAGGAGAAGAAACCUUGACAUUAAAAAUAGUGAAAGCCAAGAAUGGUUUCCAAUUUGGGUAUGGAAAAAAUUUGAUGAUGGACUAUUAGGGGAAGCAAUGAUAAUAUGUGGAAUAGAAGAGAAAAAUAAAGAGAUUGCAGAGAGAAUGGUUAAGGUAGCUUUAUGGUGUGUUCAAUAUAGGCCAGACUUAAGGCCUAUAAUGAGUGUUGUGGUGAAAAUGUUGGAAGGUUCAUUAGAAAUUCCAACGAGUUUGAACCCUUUUCAACAUUUGUUUGAUGGAACUAACUUUGCUACUCAAUCAGUGCAACUGUCAAAUACUUACACAACUACUGCUACUUCUUCUACCUCUUCUGUUAUGGUUAGUGAUUCAAGCAUUGUGUGUGCUACUCCAAUUAUGAGGAAGUAUGAGAUUGAGUUGGCAUCUAGCAUAGUGUGA